UCUUGCUGUAUUUGUUCAGCUAGGAUUGUGUGUUAGCAGAGCUUCAGCAUCUGUCCUCAAUCUCAACUGCUGCCUGGUGCUGCUCCCAAUGUGCCGCAUCCUCUUGGCCUUUCUCAGGGGAUCUCAGAAGGUUGCCAGCAGGAAGACCAGAAGGCUGAUAGACAAAAGUAAAACUUUCCAUGUGACAUGUGGUGUUACAAUAUGCAUCUUUUCAGUUUUACAUGUUGCUGCUCAUCUGGUGAAUGCUCUUAACUUCUCUGAGAAUUACAAUGAAGAUUUUCUGGCAAUAAAUGCAGCAAACUAUCGUGGUGAGGACCCAAGAAAACUGCUUUUUGCUACUGUUCCAGGUCUGACUGGAGUCAUUAUGGUUUUAGUGCUAUUCCUAAUGUGUACAGCAUCUACAUAUGCCAUCAGGGUUUCAAACUAUGACAUCUUCUGGUAUACCCACAACCUUUUCUUUGUCUUCUAUAUACUGCUGAUGCUCCAUGUUUCUGGGGGAGUGCUCAAGUACCAGACCAACUUAGAGGAACACCCACCUGGUUGCUUUAAUCCUAACAAAACGCUCCUAGGGAAUAUGACAGUGCCGAAGUCUUUUGAAGAGCUGUUUCCUGACUAUACUACUGAGCCUUUCCCAGAGGACUUAACAUUUCCAGAACCCCUUGUACAAAAUAACUUUAUGAGAAUUUGUUCCAAGGAACCCAAGUUUCAGUCGCACUUCCCAGAGACUUGGUUUUGGAUUUCUGGACCUCUGUGCUUGUACUGUGUAGAAAGACUGUACCGCUACAUCCGCAGCAACAAGCCAGUCACAAUAACAUCAGUGAUAAGCCAUCCCUCCAAUGUCCUGGAAGUAAGGAUGAUCAAAGAUGACUUCCGAGCAAGGCCUGGUCAGUAUGUUAUUCUACACUGUCCGAGAGUGUCUGGACUGGAAAGCCAUCCAUUCACCCUUACAAUGGUAAGAAAUAAGAGCUUUUCUCUGUAUAUUCCCAUUUAUUUGUAUUUGGUAAACAAAUGGUCUUUAUUGCCUUCAAAGUGGAAAGUCCUUGAGGAGAGCUUAUUUUUAAUUAAUGAGGAUAUCAAUGAAUAUGAAAUGGCUUCAUUAUUAUGCAUGAUAUUUUUCUGGCUCUCACUGAACCUGUGGUUCUUCUGGAAGACCUUCCUGCUGUACUGCCGAGGGUUGCAGUAUUACUAUCUGCAUCAGAUGUUAGGGGUGAGUCACCUGGACACUGAGUUUUGCUCUGGAAAUGGGGAUUCUGGGGAGGAAGGAAAGGGACAGAAAGCAUUUGCAAUGACAAAGAAUGCCUGCAAGCCCUGCGAAGUUGGGGAAGAUCAGAUAGGAGAUUACUGCAAGACUGCUAACAGUGACUUAGCAUUAGAAAAUUGCCGUUGCUGA